AUGCGGGCCAAUGGCGAAGCGGCUGAGGGCCCGCCACCUGUCCGCGGCCCGGGCGGGCGGCGGCGGGGAGGCGUCGCACUCCAUGGUAACGACGCCGGCUCGAAGAUGGCGGCCGCUGGGGCUGGCGGAGCGGGCGGCCUGGGAGCAGGCCCACGGGGCCGCUGGGGCGGCUGCCUGUGGGUGCGAGGCGUCCUGCUCGUGCUGGGCGGGCUCCCGGCCGGCGCCGCGGCUGCUCCCGUCUUCCUGAGCACUUCGCCGCCCUGUCGGCACCACGUCCCUUCCGACACUGAGGUCAUAAGUAAGGUUCAUCUUAAGACAAAUCAUGUGGUCAGGAGAGAUGCUGAUGGGCAUCUGCGAAUCAAGACUGUCUACGAUCCAAGCAUUGAAGAGCUGCUCCCUGAGAAAAGAUACCUUGUAAAGAACAAACUUUUCCCCCAAGCUAUUUCUUACUUAGAGAAAACAUUUCAGGUUCGUCGUCCUGCCGGCAGGAUCUUACUUAGCAGACAAUGUGCAACAAACCAGUACCUACGGAAGGAGAACGAUCCGCACAGGUACUGCACUGGGGAGUGUGCAGUGCACACCAAGUGUGGCCCCGUUACCGUGCCCGAGGAGCAUCUCCAGCAAUGCAGGGUCUGCCGAGAGGGUAAGCGGCCCUGUGGAGCAGUGGGUGUGCUAGACCCAGAGGGGGUCCAGGAUGCAGACUUCAUUCUCUAUGUCGGCGCUCUGGCCACUGAGCGGUGCAGCCACGAAAACAUCAUCUCCUACGCAGCCUAUUGUCAGCAGGAGGCAAAAAUGGACAGGCCGAUAGCAGGAUAUGCUAACCUGUGUCCAAAUAUGAUCUCCACCCAACCGCAAGAGUUUAUUGGGAUGCUGUCCACGGUGAAGCAUGAGAUCAUUCAUGCCCUGGGUUUCUCUGCUGGGCUUUUUGCAUUCUACCAUGAUCAAGAUGGAACUCCCCUGACCUCACGGUCUGCAGAUGGCCUCCCGCCUUUCAACUAUAGUCUGGGAUUGUACCAGUGGAGUGAUAAAGUAGUUCGGAAAGUGGAGCGGCAGUGGAAUGUGCGAAAUAAUAAGAUAGUCCGCCACACUGUGUAUCUCCUGGUGACACCUCGUGUUGUUGAAGAAGCACGGAAGCAUUUUAACUGUCCAGUUCUAGAGGGGAUGGAACUUGAAAAUCAAGGCGGGAUGGGCACUGAGCUCAAUCACUGGGAAAAGCGCUUGCUAGAGAAUGAAGCAAUGACUGGUUCUCACACCCAGAACCGAGUCCUCUCUCGAAUCACUCUGGCAUUAAUGGAGGACACUGGCUGGUACAAAGCGAAUUACAGCAUGGCGGAGAAACUCGACUGGGGCCGAGGAAUGGGCUGUGAAUUUGUCAGAAAGAGCUGUAAAUUCUGGAUUGAUCAGCAGAGGCAAAAGCGGCAGGUGCCAAGCCCUUACUGUGACACACUCAGGAGUAACCCACUGCAGCUGACUUGCAGACAGGACCAAAGAGCCGUUGCCGUGUGUAACCUGCAGAGGUUUCCUGACCCUUUACCACCAGAGUACCAGUACUUCGACGAGCUCAGUGGAAUAUCCGCAGAGGACUUACCUUACUACGGUGGCUCGGUAGAGAUCGCCGACUAUUGCCCUUUCAGUCAGGAAUUCAGCUGGCACUUAAGUGGCGAAUACCAGCGCAGCUCUGACUGUAGGAUACUGGAAAAUCAGCCAGAAAUGUUUAAAAACUACGGUGCAGAAAAGUAUGGCCCUCACUCAGUCUGUCUGCUCCAGAAAUCAGCGUUUGUCAUGGAACAGUGCGAGAGGAAGCUCAGUUACCCAGACUGGGGUAGUGGAUGCUACCAGGUUUCUUGUUCUCCUCAAGGUCUGAAGGUUUGGGUUCAAGAUACUUCAUAUCUGUGUAGCCGGGCUGGCCAGGUCCUCCCUGUCCGCAUUCAGAUGAACGGUUGGAUUCACAAUGGAAACCUACUGUGCCCCUCCUGCUGGGACUUUUGUGAGCAGUGUCCCCCGGAAACUGACCCUCCUGCUGCCAACCUGACCAGAGCCCUUCCUCUGGAUCUCUGCUCCUGUUCUUCUAGCCCGGUGGCCACGCUUUGGCUCCUCCUAGGCAAUCUAUUUCCCCUGCUGGCUGGAUUUCUUCUGUGUGUGUGGCACUAGGAACGGAAAAGUGGAUUCUCAAGAUGACAAUUUUGGCAUGUUCCCAUGAACAAAGCACAAAACCUGGCCGAGGACCAGCCCUGGCAGACGAUGAGAUAGCAGAGGUGGCGUCCCCGACUCUGGCUUGGACGUGCUGGCCACAGCCGGACUGUGAUGCAUAGCUCCACUGCAGUCACUCACCGGCCACACAGCCACCUCGGCGCCUGGAGAGGAAUCGCAGGUGUCCGAGGCUCCUUAGUGUAUGGAUGUGCAGUCUUCUGGGAGCGAGUUCUCCUUUCAGUGCAGGACAGACGGUGGGAUUUGCCAUGACCGCAUACCUCAGCAUUUGCGUUAACUGAAAAGUUCCUGAGGUCACUCACAGAGCAGCUGACUGACCACUCCAGAGUUCUAAGUUGACUGUCCCACCCUCCAAAGUACAAACGUGGUCAUCCAGGGUUCGGAUUCCCAUCGCCAUCGCACAAGCUUUAAAUGAGCACCUGGACACGAGACACUCAAAUCAUCAUGCUCUUUGUCACUUCCGUUUUGCUAUAGCUUCUGACAUAGCCAUGUUUGCCUUUCCUGCCAGCUGUGUGGCCCGUUUGCCACCAGGCUGUUGCUAGCGUGCUGUCAGCUCUGAGCCAUCUUCAUCUGAGCUCAGUGUCCACUUGCAUUUCUCAUUAAUUUCAUAGCAACUUGAAAACCCAUGGGAGAGUGUGAAGUACAGUGCGUAGGAAGAACGCUGAAAUCGAGAAACAGAAGACAGCAUGAUUGCGCGUGCCCAGGUAAUAGUUAGAAGAACUGAAAAAUCCACCAAAACCCAACCGGUCCUUUCUGGCCUAUGGACAUUUUAAGAGUUUAGACGUGGACAGGCUUGCAGUUACUUCCAAGUAGAUUGAGCUGUUACAGGUGAAGUGCUAAUCUCUGGAAGUUAUUUCAUAGACAAGAAAAAAGCUCAAGUCAAAACAAGGUGAUCUGGCUUGUUUCCGAAGAGCCAAGUGUAGGUUGGACAUCCAGCCUGCCCACGGGGCCCAGCUGUGUCCUUCAGAGGUGGAAGAUAACCUUUGCUUUAAAUGUCUGUCUCUUCCCACGAUUGACACUCCUGCACCACGUGGAUUCUGGGAGGUGGUUCUGCUCUGGUUCCAGAGCUUACCAACCCUCUAGUGACUCAACUUUGACAUUCUUUAAUGAAGACUAAGGUCCUGUCUUUCUCCCUAAAGAUGAUCAGUUCUGAAGCGUUUAGGACCAGCAAGAUAGCCCAGGAGCUAAAGGCACUUGCCACCAAGCCUGCUAUCCUGAGUCUGAAUCCUGGAAACCACAUGGAAGAUGAAAGGGACUGACUUCUGAGUUCCUCUAACCACACACAUGCUCAGCAAGUGCACACAAGUAAAUGGAAAACAGUGUUUAGAACGAAACAUGACAUUAGACACACACCUCCCCUCCCCCGUCCCAUCCAGCCUAUAGUUACCGAGUGCUCUAUGUAAGGAAAGCUGAGAUGGGAGCCUGCUUGGAGAGCAGAGGCAGGGAGGUCUUGAGUUCAAGGUCACCCUAGCUACAUAGGGAAUUUGAAUUUAUAGCGAGUAUUGGCUGCAUGAAAAACUGUCUUAAGAGUCGAGAAAAGAAAGAAAUUGUAUAAACGAGCAAAACCCGGGGUACUAAGUAGUAACUCCAGUAACCGCAAUACUGCGGCAGACGGCAGGACAGCAGGCCUCGGAAUGGAGGGAAGCUCCCCCUUUGUUUUUAGAGGCAGGAAGUUAGUACAAGUUAGAGGUAUUCAUGGUUGUGAAAAGCUGGGGUCCCAGCUUCAGCGCUAGAGAAUCCGCAGUCUGUAGACCAGCACCCUGUUUCAGCAGUGUUCUGUGUUCUUUAAAUCGUACGACGUCAGAAAAGCGAGGAUGUGUUGAAAGAAAUAGGCAGUAUGCUGGGCAUGAUGGCACACGCUUUUAAUCCCAGAACUCGGGAGGCAGAGGCUGGUGGAUCUCUAAGUAUAAGGCCAGCCUGGUCUACAAAGCGAGUUCCAAACCAGCUGGGGCUGCAUAGUGAGAUGAACCUGUCUAGAGGUGGGGGGAAGAAUUAUACGUUAAACUUUCAUACCUAUGAUGAUUAUGAACCAUCCUACAAAUGUAUAAAAAAUUUCACCAAAAAUAACAGUGGAAUGUAUUGAGAGUCAGUGAUAGUUUGACUACAUUUUGACUGUUGUGCAGUAAUACCAUUUAGGUAGUAUUGUUUCCAAGCAUGGUGCUUUUUAUACUUGAAAUAUCUUUUUGCUUUAUUUUUUAAUUAAUAUAAUUAUAUUUGCACUAAUGACUUCCUGGAGAAAAUGUUACAGAUGACGUUUUUUGUAUAUAUAUUUAUUCAGUUUGGAAUGUGGUGUCCAGUGUUUUCUCUGCACAAACAUGAAACUUAUGCAGCCCAUGUCAGGAAGCACUGGACUCCCGAGAGUUCCUAGCCUCGCUGCUUGGUCCCUUCCUCUCCGGCGAGGCUAGAGCGAAGUCGUUCAUCCCUGAUCCCACAUUGUGUACUUAGCAAGACUUAGACGGUCACAGCCCAGUCACAGCCCAUAAGACAGUUUAAGAGGCUCAUUGUCACUUCGAGUAUAGCAGCUAAGAAGAGCCCUCUACAGUCAGAUUCUGACGGAGAAUUAGCUGUAGAAGUCAUCUGACCUGAAGAACUUGAUACAGCCUCGUGCUAGCGUUCGGUGGCACAAACCAGUGGCCAUGGAGGAGACCAAGCAGGGUGCUCUGUGCUGGAAGUGAGGUGGGGCAGGAAGGAGAGGGGGACCAUAGACUGUUUCCCUUCCUGAAUCAGAAAGGUCAAGUGUUUAUAAAAACCGGCUACCUCGGUGUUCAGUUCAAGCAGCUCAUGGUGUUUCAAGGUCCUAGGUGUCAUGCAUACCACGUGAGUUGUCUCAGGUUUUCUCAGAGUUUGCAGGAAGGAAGCAAAGCCAUGUGAGGGGCCUUGAGCAGGGCGGGAAGGGAGCUGGGCAACGUUUGAUCAUCUGUGUCGCCUCCUCUGAUUAGUCUGCAGAACAUCCUUCCAGUAAUCCUUACGUUUUUCCGAUAGGAUUCUUAUAUUUCUAAGACCAAAUGGGCAUUCUUUAAAUAUUAUAAAUUAUGCUUAGCAUUAGUUUCAGCCUAGGUCGACCUAGAGUUUAUUGAGAUUUGAAGAUACCACAUAAUUGUAUGAGCUGUAAGUAGUUUUAAGAAGAUAUGUAAGUAAGCAUAUCAGAGGAUUCCAGGAAAUGUUAUUAAUGUUUCUUCAAUUUUAGACUUACAGAUUGAACCGGGCAUGGUGUUCAUGCCUGUAAUCCCAGCACGGGAGAGAUAGAGGCAGGAGGAUUAUGAUUUUAAGACCAGCCUGGGCUACAGAGAGAGAUACUGUCUCAUUCCUACUGCUCCCAGAGAAAAGAUUUCCCUAUUGUGGCCAUGAAUAAGCAGUUAGGUGGUUGGGUAAAGCCUCAGGACUGACUCUUGACGAGGACUGGUCACUGCUGGCCCUCCUCAGCCUCCUGGAGUCUCCAGCCAAGACGCUGUCUGUGCUUCAUGCCUUGCCCAGCUGUGGACGUAGAAGCCGGGUGAUCAGAGAAGAGCCCGUCUCUGCAGACACUGAUGGACCCUGCAGGAGGACCCAGACAUUGCUCACACCUCACAGCCAGCUUCACUGGGCACUCAUUCUCUGGGCCGUGACCGUUGCCCCAGGCUCUGCUAUCUGUGUGCUCAUUCUGAAGGAAGGACUGAGCUGGAGAAAAGACUUUGGUGGUGG